CAGGCAGGUUGGGUGACGGGUGACGGGUGAUUGAACUUCCGUUUCCGGUUUAGUGAAGACCGCAGUAUCAUAGCAGAUUCACUUGAUGGUGAAACAACAUGGCGGCUGGUCUUGAAAAUUGCCGGCAAAUUCUUCUAGACAGAUUUCCGUCAAUAGAUGGCGAUCUUUUCCAGUAUGUAACAGGUAAAUGCUUAAAUUAACAUGUUUCUAUGAAACCUUGUUGUUGUCAAAGGCAAUUUUUUGUUUCCAUUGUAGUAUCCCAGUGUACUCUGACUCAGUAAUUUACUCUGCCUUGUUUCUGACGAUCGCGCUUUGAUAAUCAUGAUAUAGCCCAAUCCAUUUAUUUAAGCAAUAUAAUUUGACCCACUGUCUGUAAAUAUAACCCUGCCGGUGCGUUCAUUUAUGUAUGACGUACAUGUAUAACAAGCUUGUCCCGAAAAGAAUAUCUAUUCUCUGACUUUGAACUAAUUUAUCCAUUUCGAAUUCUCUUGCGUAUUCGAUCCCUCUCAGUCAUCUUGUGUUUACAUUCAUUUUUCUGGUAUCUUGUUAAAAUGUUUCGAAAACUAUAAAUGGUACGUGAUUUACUUAAAGAAAAAGAAAUGUUUCAAAUCGACUUGUAUUCAAUGCAUGCCAUAAUAUCAGAAGAUAUAGGUUCGGUGAUACUGAAUCAGAGGCUGACGAAUAAGUUCUCUGGGAAAGGAAGGUCAAAGUGACAGCAUACAUAGAUUCUUGAUUAUUUGAUCAGGCAGCGUGAAUCAAAACAACAAUUAAUAUUAACAACCAACAUGGUGGCAUGGGUAAUGUAAUAAUUGUACUUGUAAUUUGUUUACCCACAAAACUCUUUGGAGUUCUUAAGAACUCGUUUAAACAUGCCCAUGCUUUCCAGAUCAAGUUUGAAUUUCGAAGUGUGUUUUGACAUUUCGACAACCUGUGCAGUAGUCAUAUUCAGAGUCUACUUUACCACUGACACAUUUAAUUAAUUCUGUAGCGUUUAAGUCGCACACUUCAGUAUUGGAAUUGAUAAAACAAAUGCACUUCUGCUGCUGAUUCUGAGAGGUUUUUUAAUAUCAAUACAUAUAUAAUAAAGGCACUUUUAAUCCCGCUCAUCUUUGUGGUGUCCACAUGGGCUGCGUUCCAAUGUACUUUACCUUGAAACUCACAAAACCGUGAACACCUGAAAUAUUUAUGGAAUGUUGUUGUAUUGCGAGAAAUAAACCAAUAAGGCGCGAGUUAACUAAACCGCAAGCAGCAACGGUAAUUAAUUUGUGGUUUUGAGGUUUGCUUGCAUAGCCCGAACUUUAUUGUGAUUGGCCAGUACACAGUCAACAUUCCUGAAAUUUUUAAGGUGUUCACGGUUUUCUGAGUUUGACAGUAAUAAUGGUGGGUUUCAGUUUGAGUGUUUUGUAUUCCAGUUUUGUUUUAACCAGUUGCGCUAUCAAUGAUGAUAUUGCAGAUGUUCUUGAAAGUGGAUCUGAGGAUUUCGAGAGUGGUGAAGAGAUAUAUGAUGCAGUUGGAAGCAUUUUGGCAGAAGUUGCUGGUGAUGAAGGAGAUGACAAAAUUAUUGACCUUUGUAAUCAACUUAUGGGUGCCUUAAAAGGGUAAGUGUUUUGUUAACAGUCACCACAACAUCAUACUUUUAAUUUUUCAAAUUUGCAAAGGGACGGGGAGUUUGAAUUUUGCUUUGUAGUUUUAUUGAUGUACCCUAAAACUAGUUCUGUUUCUUAGAAUACCGACCACUUUGAAUAAAGUCUCAGUCUUGUAACCAAUCAAUAAAAUAAGACAUUGAACAAAAUAGUUUUCCAUAAGAAACUUGCUGUAAGUUGAUUAUUCUGCCAUUCCCAACUUGUCAAUGAGCAUGGAAGGAAAUACAUUGACCAUUAUGACUGCAUGUUAUUGUAUUUCAAUUUCUCUUUUUAGAGAUGGCUGUGAUGGAACGGCAGCAGGUCAGGGAAUUCAUAAAUUACUGGAGGCUCCUGUGAAUAUGGGAGAGCUUGCAGAAAACUUACUAGGUAAGGUAAUCAUUAAAAGCUAAACAUUACAUUUGAGAAUAAAUGCCUUAACUGUAUCACAAACUGUGUAGUUUCCAGGUUAAGGUUAUUGUGCUCUCAUUCACGUAAUCACUGAACUUUUCUCCCUGUCAAUAAUGUGUAUUAACCACUAUAUUACAGCACUUAUUUAACCUAACUCACAAAACCUAAAGAGCAUUUUUUUUGUCAACUACUGCCAUGUUCUUUCACCUUUCAGUAUUGUAUUUUUAUAUCUACCUGUAAAUUGUAGUGAACCCUGAUGAAGACACGCACAGCAUUUGGAUAGUGAAAAAAGAGUGCAACACAGUAAGCUUUAUCUUUAUGGUAGUGUAAAGUACACCUGUCAUACAUGUAUAUAUACCAUUUUAAGAAGUCAAAAAAUGUUGCACUUGGUCAUCUAGUAAAGAGAACUGUUUUAAUUUCCAAGUGAUGUCUGUAGUUUAUUCUAUUUGGGGGGUUUCAAUAAAAAUAAUUAACCAGCAGGUUUGAAUAUAACAAUUGACGUUAUCAACAAGGAGCCCUUGUGUUAGUCCCCCUUUUCUAUGGGGGUCUGGAAGCAUGCUUCCCCAAAUGAUUUUGAUACUGGAAAGCUGUAACAUGUGAUUCCCAGCAUUCUGGGGACCAGAUUCAGUACAACUGAAUACCUUCAAGAAAAUGUAGUGUUCAUUCAAGUUUCGAUUUAUCAGCCACACAAUCAACUCCUACAAGCAAUACACAAAUAACGAUAACCAAAAUGUACAUUUUGCAUGUGAGCAAAUUCUGUGUAAACUUAUAAAGAAUUACAAGUGUAAAAAAUUGACUGAACUACAGUGUUUAUAUAAUAGUUAACCUUUGUGAAAACACAUAAUGACGUUUCCAUCAGAUUUUAUCAAUCCAUUUACGAUGUUGAAACUAGUUGCUUCUUCUUUUGGGAAAAAAGUAGCUAUAUACUUCUCUGAGCAAAGAAGCCUAUAUGUUUUGUCGAUCGUCAGUGCAUAUUGAAACCCCUGUAUUUAUUAGUCUUAUCCAUGAGAUUAUGCUCUCAUAUCCAUGGCCAGUAAUUUCUUUGAAUGAUGUAACACUGCAGAAAUAAUUGUCUGGUUAUAUCAUACGCAUAAUACAGGGCACAAAGGUUGCCGUCCAAUAGAGUGGGCCUGUUUGGAGUGACCCUAGCCUUCAAGCUAGCAUGCUUUAAUUACAAGUUGUUGAUAGGCCAGCAUCAUUUGCUGGAUAAAAUAAAUGUUAGUAAAAAAGGAGGUGGGUAUGUCUGUGCAACUGCUCUGGGCUUGUAAAUGUCAGCAAUCAUUAAUUCUCAUUUUCCUCUCACCCUAAGGAUCAUGUGAAGUGAAGUAUUGGCAUUGCUUGUUUCAGGUUGUUGAUCAGAAAAAGUUGCAGAAAGCUGAAGCUAAAAUAAAAGCAAAACAAGACAAAAGAGCACAGGAAGACCAAACUUCAAAUGAAAUCAGGGGAAGGUGUGAUGAUGGAAUUUAUUAUUUUUUACUUUAACUAUUGGCAGUAGUAGCUAAGGCUACUGAGACAUUGAUAUUCAAUGCAGUAAUAUUAUUAUGCCAACUACCCAUGAAGUAAAAAUAUUAAUGUGUCAUGUCUUAAAACAGGCAAAUAGACAAUGCAUCAGCCUGCCAGAGUUCCAACAAAAGAGAAAACAAACUAGAACAAAGUGGUUCCAACAAAAGCCGUGAUGUCAGGAUAGAGAACUUUGACCUCUCUUAUGCAGACAGGUAAUGGUUUUCAGCUUCAUGAAACUGUGUUGUCACUUAAGGGAAUGUUUUGAACCUAGAAAUUAGAAUGUACAGUCAACUCUCUUGAAGAUAGAGACCCUUGGGAGAGGCACUAAGUGUCCAUCUUAAAGAGAUGUCCAUCUUAUAGACAGUCAAAUAAAGAGAGUAAAGAAAGGCAGGGACCAACUCUGGGUGUCCACCUUAGUAAGAGGGAGUCAACUUAUAUAAUAAACAGGGCUGAAAAAAGAACUUAAACUUCAGCUUGUCCUUUCUAUGAGCAAAAUAUGUGCUAAAAACAACAAAUUGAAUAGUUUUUGAAUUUUAAUACUAUGGGUUUUAACUACUGUACCUGUAGCUUUCAGAGUUUCAUUCUGUGAAUUCUAUUUCAGGGUUUUAUUAAAAGAAGCAGAAAUGUCCCUCAUCUUUGGUAGGAGAUAUGGUCUGGUUGGAAGAAAUGGAAUUGGAAAGACAACACUGAUCAAAAUGCUUUCCAGGUAAUUAUACGAGUGACAUGAAGUGUCUCUUGUUAAAAAAAUCAGUGUUUUUAUUGGUUUGCAAGAGGAAUCAGUAGCCCUAAAAGGCAGUCUUUUGACAAAAAAGAUCUGCAGGAGUUAUGAUUUCCACAGACAUGUGUUUAAAGCCUUGUGUCAUUUGUAAAAGCAUUAUUCUUUAAAAAAGAUUGUUGCUGUCUCUAAAACUCCAAACACAAUAAACAGGUUGUUUAAAAGGUUUAUUUUUUCUUGCAGGCGUGAAUUAUUUGUUCCAUCACAUAUUUCUAUUUUGUGUGUUGAACAGGAGGUAAGUCAUGUAUUUUACAUUAAUUUUGAUUUUCUUUCAAAUUUAGGAUAAUUCUGGUAAUUUUUUAAGGUCUAAACACCACCCAUUUUUACCUUUAUUGUACUUACAACAUUUAAGGUACGAGGGGAUGAGACACAAGUUCUUCAGAGUGUUUUAGAAUGUGACACAGAGAGAAAAAAACUGUUAGAAGAAGAAAAGAAACUUCUUGCACUUACAGGACAUGGAAGGUAUAUCUCUGGAUGUUGUACUUAUUGUAAUCAAACAUGUUAUAAGCAGUGUUAUUUUCUCUAUGUAGGUAGCAAACCCAUUAGAAAAAGAACAUGCUUGAAAUGAUGUAGAAAUUUAUAAGACUAAAGGCAAAGCUUGUGUGGGUGUUUGUAAGGUCAUGUGAUUACCAAAACCAAAUUUUCAUAGCUAUGGGGCUCCAUUAUAAAGCAUUGAUUCUAGUGGGACUAGGUCUGUGGGUAUAUAUUAGUCUGUGUUCAAUUGAAGGAGCCUGCUUACACAUUACUGAAAUACUAAGAUGGGAAGCCAGUGCCAAGUAUAAAACAGACAUACACGUAAGGUUGAGGUGGCCCAUGAGAACCAACUCUUAUUACAUUUACCAUUUGGUCUUGCAAGGUCCCCUAACAUGUUCUAUGUACUGGUCAAUCAUAUGUUGGAAGCAUUGCAUUUUUAAGUUUUUAUUUUGUAUUUUGAUGAUGACUGUGAUUUGCGUCAUCUUAAUGAUAAGGAAUUUAAAGGGUGUUGAAAGAGUGGUGGAAAGGACUGAAAAAAAUCUGGUUUGCUAUUACUGUUUGCCACUUGGUCUCUCCCUAGGAUACAUGUAUGAUUAUAGUGGCAGACAAUGCAAGUUUUAGCUAAUGAAGAAGUUAUGGCAUAUUUAAAUGACGUGAUUUGUCUCCACUUAAGUUCUGACUAACACUAUAUAUGUAAAAGGAGUUGAAUCGCUGUUGCAAUUGUUAAAAAUGAGUCACAGUCAGUAUCUAUAAUAAUCCCAACCUGGCACCAGAUGACAGCCUACAGCUGUACAUCAGUCAGUGUACACAGUGAUUAUACUUCCCAGCUAAUACUGAGAAUACACAUGUGGUUAUGAUGGCUUUCAGAUGGCUGGGAAAACUCUCAACGUUUUGCUUCUAGAGGACUUUCUUCUCCUGGUGUCAGCAGUGGUUCUGGAGUUAAAUUUGGUUACACUGUUUUUGUUUUGUUUUGUUUUUUUUUCAGCUCAAAAGCAGAUUCUACUGCUGAUGAUGCCAGCAAUAAAUUGGCACAGGUAUGAAAUACAUUGCUCAACCUGACCAUUAAACCCCGAGAACUGGUAAAACACAAUGUUUCCCAGUGCAAUGAAACAUACUGGUCUUUCCCUUGGAUUUGAGAAAAUUAUUCUUCACUUGUUACUUGAAUAUGCAAAUACUGUUAGUUGAGAUUUCCUUAAUGGGAAGAAGGCACACAAAUUUGAAAAGGAAGGACAAAGCUCUCCUCUGACUGGGCAGGGUAAUUUAUCUGCAGAGACACCAUAAUCUUAAGUGGAAAGCAAUGAAAGCUCCUAAAGGAGGAUAGAAAUUUCUGCCCUUGGUUAUGAUAGUUUUGAAUGUCUUACUGCCUGCUCGCCAAAAUUAUCAAGAACUUAAACUUGCCAUAUUUAUAAAACUUUUUUAAUUUGACUUGGAAAGUGGUAACAAUAAUCACUAAUAUUUUUUGAUUAUUUUCUUUGGAGGUGUAUGCAAGAAUGGAAGAAAUUGAAGCAGAUAAAGCUCCAGCAAGGUUGAUAGUAAUAAUGAAAAACUCUCCCAUUAAGUCUAAGUCUAAGUGACCUUUCAGAGGUAUUUUAGUUUCUUGCUCAUGGGUUAUCACUACUACCCUUGACCUGAUUGAGGGGUCAUUUCCGCAAACACUUGCCCAUUUAUUGAAAAACAUUUUUACCCAUUUUUUCUCUCUGCAUUUCUGUAUGUGAUAGGUUUCCCUUGUGAUUUCAACAUAUAUUUUAAGGGAGAGGAUGAUGGCAUAUAUAGAAUCUAAAGUCUAGUGGGGAUUUGUGACUUCUGAAAACCAAGGAUAAUUAAUGACCUCUUUAAUGACAAAACCCCUCCUGUAGUUAUAAGUUAAAUAACUAGAUGAUUAGUAAUCAUUAGACAAAUAGUUAUGAAAAUUUUAUUAUUUCAGAGCCUCUAUGAUAUUGGCUGGACUGGGAUUCUCAACAAAAAUGCAGCAUCAGCAAACAAGGUGCACAAUAAUUUUGACUUCUUUACACAGUGCAACAUUGUAUGGGUACAAGGUACAUAAUGGAGAGCAAUUAACUGUGGUCAAACUAGUCAAAGAAAGACUGAUGCUGGUUAUAGUUUACUUUCAAAAGCCCAUUUUACCAGGGUUGAUUUAAUAAAGAGACAGGGGCUUAUUUUGCUCAUUUGAGGGAGGGCUUGUUUAAGGGCUUAUUUAGAAAAGACUUGUUUAUUUAGUAUCAUGGUAUCAUAUCUCCACAAAGAACUAGAAUACAAAGCAGAAAAGUACAAGAAGUAAAAGAAGGUUGUAGGUCAUACUGCCGAGGAUGAGAAUCAAAUCUGAAAUUACAGUUGGUAAAUGAACCAUCCCGGAUCAGUCGACACAAAGUUUUACAGUCGUGAUAGAUUUAUAUAAGUCUAUCAUUUAUAAGUGAAGAAUAAUUAGGGGAGGGGACGGGGGGGGCUUGUUGGAGGGAGGGGCUUAUUUGAGUGGGGGCAUUAAUAGAGAAUUUACGGUUAUUUCCUUUUUUCCUUGGUGUUACUUGCAGAGAACUCUCAGGUGGAUGGCGAAUGAGACUUGCCCUUGCGAGAACUUUGUUUAGUCGGUAAGAGACUUUUACACUCACAAAUUAAAUGCAUCAUUUACUAUACAUCAUAUCAUUUACUAUAGUCAUGUAUGCAGUGUGGUAGGAUUCCUUAGAAAUUUAAUUAUUUUUUUAUUCAGAUGUUAUUUGGACAUCAUAUACUAUGAGUAUUAAUAUUUUUUACGCUAAACCUUAUUUUUACUUGCAGACCAGAUUUGCUUCUUCUUGAUGGUAAGAAAUCUCUUUUUUCUGCCAUUGGUUUUUGUAAAUUUGAUUUGCUUAACAAUGCUAAUGUACAAUUUUUCAUCAUAUAGAACCUACAAAUAUGUUGGAUCUUAAAGCUGUAUUAUGGUUGGAGAAGUAUUUACUGGUGAGUUAAAUGUGUGUUGAGUUCAUAAAUAAAAAAUGUUAAUACAUGUCUUACUGAAUUAUUUUAUGUACUAGUAAACAUAGUUUCACUGAGUCUCAGACCACUCAUGCACUGUUAGGGCUGCCCCUAGGCUAUCUUCCUGUGCUGCCCAAAACAGCAAGGCCCUCAAUUUCUGGACCUCAUACUGGAGCGUUACUCUGUGAGGUUUCCAGGCCUCUUGGGGAAGUUUGUAAAUAAAUAAAUUUUUGGAGACUGCACUGGUCUCCUGGAGCUGGGCUGUGCCCAGCACUAGGCAAAAACCUAGUGGCCACGUUUUAAUGAAUUCAGACAAAUGUAUAUGUUCAUGAUCCCACAACUUAGUAAGCACUUCUACCCUUGACCCUGUUGAGAAGUCAUUGCUGGAAACAGAAACUUAGUGAAUACAAAUUUGGUAGCAUUAAGGCAUAUUACAAAGGAAAAGGACUCACUUCUUGUCAAUGUGCAUCACUCAAAAAUGCCUGUGAUUAAGCUCCGUAAUAAUCCUGUGAGUGCGGGGUUGAGCUUCAAUGAUGUUUUUCAAUCUUUAUUGUAAAUUGAAAAUUUAUUUUCAAAUGGAAAUUUUGUCCUUUUCAAUUGAGUGAUUGUUCAGUCUUUCAAGUUUAAAAUCAUUAACAUUUUUUUGUUGGCAGAAUUGGCCAUGCACUCUGCUUGUUGUGUCUCAUGACCGCACAUUUCUUGAUGCAGUUGCCACUGAUAUAAUUCACAUGCACUCACAGAGACUGGAAUCAUACAGAGGAAACUAUGAGGUAUGAUUUCUUAUGAGCAUAAUUUAUGGUUUUUGUGGAUGGUGGAAUCCUAACAAACAUGUGCUUAGUGGAGCAAAGAAAGCUGACAAACAGUACAUACAGUGGUUCUGACCACCGGAGUCUUCAAGAUAACUGUCAUAAAUUUUAUGAAUAAUUAAUAAUGAUUUGGAGAAACAUAAACAUGUAAAAACUAACAUAAUAAUGUUCCGACUUUCGGCAACAUCAUGACACCAUUAUCAAUGAAUGGAAAUAAGGCCAAGUAGUGGUGUUCCAUCUUUAUAGACAACUUAGGUCAGAACCCAAGAUCACGUUUGUUUCCAAACUGUUCAAUUCAAGGAGAUAAAUCUGGCAACCUUACAUGUUACAGUGUAUGCACAUAGAGUAUACUAAAACUACUUGAUUUUGUUCUGUGUGAUAUGUCCAACACUAGUUGUUGUAAUUUUUGAUUUCAGAAUUUUGUCAAAACCAUGACAGAAAAGCUAACCAAUCAACAGCGUGAAUAUGAGGCACAGCAAAUGCACAGACAACAUUUACAGGUUCGUCCUCUAUCAACACCUUCCAAGUUAUCACUUGUAACACUGUGUGGUAAGGUUGUGAAUGUUAACACCAGUUACUUAUAUUUCAGGCUUUUGUUGAUAGAUGGAGAUAUAAUGCAAAACGAGCCUCUCUUGCACAAAGCAGACUUAAGGCACUGGAGAAACUGUAGGUUGAUAUGCAUGUACUACAAAAAGUUAUGAUAACCUGAUAAUGGGGAAAAUAAUUACUCCUUUGAUUUUCUUAAGGCGCAUUUUCCCUUGCCUUGCCUUGCCUUACCUUACCUUGAACAGUAACAACCAGGGCUGGAAAAGUAAGUACUGUCCAGUCGUCCGGAACAAGUAGAUUUUCUUGAUGGAUACUAAGUAACUUUAAAAGUUCACUUGCCCAACUCAUCUUUGAACAAAAUCAUUAACUAAGACGAGCAAGAAGUUGCCCCGGUCAAGUAAAAUGGGAGAGCUGCUUGCCCAAAGGACAAGCUGGAAUUCAAGAUUGUUUGAGCCCCUAGUUUGUCUGAGGGCAUGGUAAUGAGUCAAAAAGGAAAAACACAUACUUGAACCCUUAGUGAAUGUAAGUCGUUAGCAACAAGAAGCAAUGCAAUAUCUUUUAAAUGAAGAACUUAGAACUUCUCUUGCGAUUAUUUUGUUUCUUUGUUAUACCCAAGUUUUGCAAGGUCUUCAGUUGUUGUUGUUGUUGUUUGCUUUAGGCCUGAUCUUCAGCCUGUUGUAGUUGAUCCACCUGUCGUACUUAAGUAAGUCUAGUUUGUUUGUUUGUUUGUUUAUUUAUUUUUAUUGAUUUGAUUGUGUGAUUGUCAGUUGGUUGUUGAUUGCUUGCUUACUUGUUUGCUUGUUUGAUUGAAAUGACAAGCUUAGUAAACCUAGCACUAGCAAAAAGUGUUCAAUUAUGAUAUACUAAAAUUUAAUUUUACAGCUUUUUGUUCAUUAAAAAAUUAACCAUAAAAUUGAUCCUUCCCUCACAUCUGACCUCAAUAAUACACCAAUUUCAGAAUACAACUGAAUUAGCUGCUGUAUUCAUUUCUCCUUUGGUACAAGAUAUUAGAGAUUGAUCAGUUUAUGAGUUUAUUAAUGUCUCUCGUUUUUUGUUUUGUGUUAAAGGUUUCCUGAAUGUGACAAGCUAUCUCCACCAGUUUUACAACUCGAUGAGGUAUAGAGAUAACUAGCCUCAUUUUUUAAAUUAUUCUUUUGACAACGUUUUAGAAGGUAGUCAAUUUGUCACGUAAAGUAAACACUUUAUUUCCUUCGGACAGGUUACCUUCCACUAUGAAAAAGGAAAAGUUGUUCUCAAUAAAGUUAGUCUGUCUGCAAAUCAGGACUCUAGAAUUGCUUUGGUAAGUUAACAAUCUUCUUACGAGAGUUAUAGUUUACGCUUGAACCUUAUCAACUGUACAUUGCCGAAAAUUUAACAUUUGUGUCUUUCAAUGAAGUCUCGUUGGUUUUUCUUUUAAUUUUAUUAUUCGAUCACACCUAUUUACUCACAAUAAUGGGGGAAACCCCAGUUAGUUAUAUUUUCCUGACACUGGCAAGAUUGUUUUACAUAUGUUAAGUUACGUUGGUAACGCUUUAGUUACAUUCCUUUGGUUGUAGGUCGGUGAAAAUGGUCAGGGGAAAACAACAUUACUAAAGCUUUUGCUGGGUGAACUGGAACCAGUUUCCGGUCUAAAGUUUUCUCACAGGUAACAAUUGGUUUAAUUUGCGUUGUACAUUUAUAAUGAAUUCCAGCCUGACUCCAAAACAUGUAUGUUUAUGAUUAUACAACCAGAGGACACUGCUGUUCUUUUGCACCUGUGAUGUGUAGAAAUCUAGAAAUGUAAACUUUUUUGACAAACUCCUUAAUUUGUAAUGUGGUACUAACGAGGGACUUUGUUAUCACUUUGUAGAAAUUUAAAGAUUGGUUAUUUCAGUCAACAUCACGUGGAUCAGCUCGGUUCAGAACAAACUCCGCUGGAAUUAAUAGCUUCAAAAUUCCCAGGUACGUUUGGAAAAACGUAAGUCAGAUCAGUGCGUCUCAUCUUGGUAAUGAUAUUACAAAACAAAAAAUGUCCCAUGAUCCAGUCUCAGAAGUAAACUGAAGGAGGUUAAACAGGGUUAGUGUCACGCCAAUAGUUGCUUGUACACCCCGUAUAAGCCUUGAGCUGUAAGUCAUUCAACGUCAUUCAACUUUCUCUUAAACGACACCUCUAUAAAUCGUACGGCUAGUGUUGUUCCUUUUUGUUCUGCGGUCAUUUUCUCUGUACAGCAGAACCUAUUUAAGACGAACUCUAAAUGCCAGCCCCACCCUUGUCCGCCUGAAAUAAGUGGAUAGAUAGAUCUGUUCUUGUCUUUGAAAUUUCUUUUCAACCCAAAGAAACCUUGCGUGGGAACGGUAAAUGCUGUAUUGUAUUGUAUUGCGGUAAUGUGUCUCAGUGGUAGAUCUCAUGGAUAAGGUAAAAAGAAAGAUUACCAGUACGUAAUUUUAAAAAAAUGUGUAUUUAACCACAGGACAGCACGAGGAAGAAUAUCGGCGCCAGCUGGGCAGAUACGGCGUAAUAAAUGACUUGGCUCUUAGACCUGUAAGGAGUUUAUCAGGUGGUCAGAAAAGUCGAGUGGUUAUGGCUUUGAUGAGUAUGAUAAGGUACAUGCACUGACUCCCGGGAUACUUCUUAAAUUACUAAAUAGAACGAAAACGUUCACGUGGUUGUAAAUUUAGCUAUGGCUUUGGUAAAUCAAUGUUACUGGGUAGAUAUGUAGACUUCUGUUGAAGACAAAGAUAGUACCUUUAGUUCUCAGUUUUUGUAAGACGCUAAGUGUUGGUCCCAUCCCAGGACUCGAACCCGUGACUCCCGCUCUGCAGUUAAGCGUUCUAAUGACUGAGUUAGUCUUGCUGCGGUAACGACCUUAAAACAGGUUUUAUUAUCCGUGCUAUAAAACUAUUGUUAUCUAUUUUUUGCUUGGUGCAUUCCCAUUCUUCGUUCUUAUCUGAGAUAUUUGUUAUUUGUUUUCGUAGGCCUCAUUUUCUCAUCCUUGAUGAACCGACAAAUCAUUUAGAUGUAGAGACAAUAGAAGCUCUUGGAAUCGCUUUGAACAAUUACAAGGUAAUUAUGAUGUGAUUGCACAGGGAGUCAUGAAUCAAGGCGGCUCCCGUGUACGUCCGUUCUGUGUACCCCAGAUAUCACACUUCUCCAUUCUUGAUACAAACCUUGUAUAAUUAUGGGUUCACGAAUUGGGUCAAAUCAUAGAUUUGGCCUUGUCGUGGCUGUCGUUAUUAUUAUUUUUUUCUACCUAUAACGCCUUUCUGUUCUGUGACACAGAUAUUAGAGAUUAUGGGCUCGUUUAUCGUUUAUUUCACGAUAAUCACUUUUUUUAUUGCCGGAUCGCAACGUUUCGACAGCGUACUGCUGGUGUUUGUUACUGAGCAGGACUAAUAGCGACAUUAUAUUAGAGACUGUCUUAAUUGUGAUAUGCUCACUGAGGCGUCGAGUAAGAGGUUUAAAAAGGUGUCACCACUUUUCCUUGUUUUGUAGGGUGGAGUUAUUAUGGUAACACACGAUGAAAGACUUGUAAGAAGCGUGUGUAAAGAAGUUUGGAUGUGUUCUAAUGGCUCAGUCAUAAAACAGGAUGGCGGAUUCGAUCAAUAUAGAAAACUACUGGAAGAUCAGAUUAGAGAAUUGUGA